AUGUUUCAAAAAUUCAAUUCAAAAUUUGAAAAGAGAUAGAGAGAGAAUGUCAUCAAUAUCCGGCAACAUGAAAGGUUUCUACAAGCAGAAGAAAAACCCCAUCACCGCCCACAAAUCAUCCAAGUCCAAAAAACCUCCCAUCCACGCCGCCACUUUCGGUUCCAAUCUCGCCCAACCACCAGCACUCACAUCCCGCAACGGCAACCCAGAUCUCCAAGAUGAAUACAGCGAGAGUGAGUCGGUGUUGCGCCAAUUUGACAUGAACACGGUUUACGGGCCUUGUAUUGGGAUGACGAGGCUAGCACGCUGGGAACGUGCGGUGAAUCUUGGUUUGAACCCUCCGCAGGAAAUUGAGAGACUUUUAAAAAGUGGAAAAGUUCAGCAGGAAUCCUUGUGGGAUACUCGCAUUUAGAAUGCUUUUGUGACGGUGAUGGGGUUUUUCUUCUGCUUCUAUCUAAUAUUAUGAUUAAUUAAUUGAUUAGUAAUAUAACUGUUCUCAUUUGUUGAUAUUAAAAAAACUAAUCAUUUGAUGAUUGUCUCGUGUAUAAUUUUUACCAUAAAUUAUAAUUAAUAUGUUAUAGUUAUUUCA